AUGGCAACAACAUUAACCGGUGGAAAGCAACACAUAAUCCAACUGCCCAAAACGCCCUCCGACGUACCCUCCGACCCACAAAGCAUCGCCCAGCAAUGGUUCUUGGCUCUCGAAGUCCAGCUCUCCCGUUCAGAAAACUUGAACAUCAAUGAACUAUUCCAUGCUGAGUCCUGGUGGCGCGAUAUGUUGGCGCUGGACUGGGACAUGCGCACCGUACACUCAGCCGCCGAGAUUCAAAGCUUCCUGAGCAAACAACAGGCCAGGGCACAACUGUCCCAGUUCCGACUACAGGAUAAGGGCAAGUUUCAGCCACGCCUGGAGCAGGUAGUCGACGGGUUGAGCUGGGUGUCUUCCAUGUUCUUCUUCGAGACUGCAGUUGGCACUGGAACAGGCAUGUUGCGUCUGACCCAGGCGGAGGAUGGAGUUUGGAAGGCUUAUGCUAUGUAUACGUCGUUGCAGGAGCUCAGCUCAGCUCAGGAGCCCCUUGGGAAGCGUCGGGCCGAGGGGACGACGGAGUCGAUGCCUGGUGGUCUGGCUGGGGGCACAUGGAUCGAGCGCAGGAACAGACAGCAGGAGUUCUUAGAUGAGGAGCCCGCUACUUUGGUUGUUGGGGCUGGCCAAGCUGGACUAAAUAUGGGUGCGCGUUUGCAAAGCCUCGGCGUGUCGUGCUUGAUUGUCGACAAGAGCGAGCGUGUUGGAGAUAAUUGGCGUAACCGGUACCGGACACUUGUCACGCACGAUCCGGCCGAAUACACACACAUGGCCUAUCUGCCCUUCCCGCAAAACUGGCCACAGUUUACGCCGAAAGACAAGCUGGGUGACUGGUUUGAAGCGUACGCCAGAAUUAUGGAGUUGAAUAUUUGGAUGCAGACCUCGGUCGUUUCAGCAGAGUACGAUGAAGCUGCAGGCCAGUGGACUGUUGUUCUCGCUCGCGGCGAUGGGUCCCAACGCACCCUCCGGCCUCGUCACCUUAUCUGGUGUACAGGACACUCAGGCGAGGCGAAGGUUCCUUCAUUCCCGGGACAAGAAUCUUUCCAGGGCACUGUGUACCAUGGUAGCCAGCACCGUGAUGCGUCGGAAAGCGAUGUUCGUGGCAAGAAAGUUAUUGUCGUCGGGACUGGUAACAGCGGCCAUGAUAUCGCGCAGAACUAUUAUGAGAACGGCGCAGAUGUCACUCUGCUGCAGCGCAGUGGGACAUAUGUCAUAACCGCCGACAAGGGUGUCUUUAUGAUGCACAGUGGAAUGCAUGAGGAUGGCGGUCCACCAACUGAAGAAUGUGAUAUCGCCUGCGAGAGUCUCCCCUGGCCCGUUCAAUUCGCUUUGAGUGUACACAUGACAAAGAAAAUUGCCGACGCGGAAAAGGAGACCCUAGACGGACUCCGUCGGGCUGGCUUCGAACUUGACUUCGGGCCAGAUGGGGCUGGUAUUGCACGCGCAUACUUUACCCGCGGCGGAGGGUAUUAUAUCGACGUCGGAUGCAGUCAGCUUAUCAUCGAUGGCAAGAUCAAGGUCAAUCACAACCCGGGCGGUAUCAAUGGCUUUGGGAAUCGCGGGCUGCUUUUGGCGAACGGUGAUUCCCUGCCAGCGGAUGUUGUUGUCCUUGCCACCGGAUACGAUAAUAUGCGCACGACAGUGAGGAAAGUCUUGGGUGACAAGGUUGCAGAUCGGUGUUCCGACGUUUGGGAUCUGGAUGCAGAAGGAGAGCUUCAAGCUAUGUGGCGCCCCAGUGGUCAUCCGGGCUUCUGGUACUUCGGCGGAAACCUCGCCUUGUGCCGGAUCUACUCCAAGUUUUUGGCACUUCAGAUCAAGGCUGUCGAGUCUGGAAUAUCAAAAGGUGUACGACAGUAG